GUCAAAUAUGGUGCAAAUAUGGUGUCAAAUAAUGUGUGUGUCAAAUGUGGUGUCAAAUUGAAAUAUCAAGGACAAGUCAUGACAAGUUAAAAGAUAGAAUUUGUGAAUCAGGAUGUGGUGCUUGUAUUAUUGUGUUGUUGAUUGCAUGAAGGCAUGAUUUGAUGUUAACAUUUUUGUUUUUCCUUGAAAAUUGGUUGAAUAAUUAUUCAGUUACUCAUUUUACCACAUUUUACAAAUUCCUUACAUCUUAUUUGAGCCCCUGGGCAGAUUUAGAGAUGAAUGCUGGGCAAGAGAGCACGAUGCCGCGGCGUCGGCGCCAGCGGUCAGAGGAUCCAGAUGCUGCUCAGCGGCCGGAGGAGGACCCGGAUCCUGUCCUGAGGUCAGAGGAGACUGUUGGCAGUGCCCUGAGCCCAGCGGAGGAUCUGAACGUCUUUCCGAAGCUGGAGGUGAAGGAGGAGCCUCUGAGCGAGCCGGACGACCCCGAUGACCUGCGGCUGGUGCUGGCCGCCGUGGGCUCGGUCACGCCGGCCGGGGUCGACUCCCCCUGCCUGUUCAUCAAGACUGAAACGGCGCCCGACCUCGGCUGCGGCCCGCUGCUGCCGACCUCGGAGGACGUGCCGCAGUUGGACGCCGAUGAUGCGCGACCGUCUCACUCCGGUACCGCCGGACCGGAGGGUGCGACUGGCGGCAGACGGCGCGGCAGGCCCCGCACGGUCCGCAGUGGUCUGGCGGGUGACGGGCCCUCUGCGGCCGGCGGCAAGCGGCGUGGCAGGCCCCGUACGGUCCGCAGUGAUACGGCGGACGACGGGCCCUCCGCGGCCGGCGGCAGACGGCGCGGCAGGCCCCGUACGGUCCGCAGUGAUACGGCGGACGACAGACUCCCAGCUGCCGGUGGCGGCCCGAUGGGUGCUAGACGGCGUGGCAGGCCCCGUACGGUCCGCAGUGACACGGCGGGUGACGGGCCUCUCGCGGCCAGCGGUGGCCCGUCGCGGUGGCGCUGCGCCCGCUGCCGGGUGACGCUGCCCUCGGCUGACGCGUUCGAAGAGCACAUGUCCGACCACGAGAGCGGUGCCGGCCGCCGCUGUCCCGUUUGCCGCAAGGUGCUGUACGGAGAGCUCUGCUACUUUCGGACGCACAUCAGCCUGCACUCGGGCGUGAAGGACUACGAGUGUCGGCUGUGCGGCAAGUCCUUCGCCACCAGCAAGUACUUGGCGCGCCACGUCUACCAGGCUCACAGCAAGGCGCGUCCUCACAAGUGUCCGGUGUGCGCCAAGGGGUUCAAGUUCGCCGCGAACAUGCGGCUGCAUCACAUGACCCACACGGGCGAGAAGCCGCAGCAGUGCCGUUUCUGCGACAAGUCGUUCCGUUCGCAGUUCUCGCUGCAGGCCCACGAGCGCAUUCACACGGGCGACCGGCCGUACAAGUGCGACGUGGAGGGCUGCCAGUUCGCGGCGCGCGAAGGCUCCAGUCUGCGCACGCACGUCAAGAAUAAGCACAGCAAGGAGAAGGGCCACGAAUGUCCGCACUGCGACCGUACGUUCACGAAACCGGGCGUAAUGCGUGUGCACGUGCGUCGAGUGCACGUCGGUGAGCGGCCGAUUAAGUGUGACCUGUGCAACCAGACCUUUUUCGACCAGAUGGCCAUGCUGAGACACAAACUGGUGCACUCGGCCCAGCGUCCAUUCAAGUGCUCCAUCUGCCCGGAUAAGGCUUUCAAGGCAAAAUAUUACCUCGCGACCCAUAUGCUCACUCACACCAAAAAACCCACCUUUAAGUGCGAAAAGUGCAACAAGCUCUUUAAGUUCUCCCACUACCUGACCAAGCACAUGCAUACCCACAAUGAAGAGAAGACCUUCAAGUGCGAGUGUGGCAAGCGUUUCAAGUCCCAUCGCUGCCUUCAACGUCACAUGGUGCGUCAGCACGUGGUCGGCAAGCGCUUCUCGUGCUCGGAGUGCGGUAAGCGUUUCGUUUCUGAGCGCUCGGCGGCCUACCACGUACAGCGGUUUCACACGCGCCUCCCGUCUGUCUGGUGUCUGGAGUGCGACACCGAGUUUCGCCGGGCGGCCAAGUUCAUACAGCACUACGAGAAGUGUCACCGGGACAGCGGUCCGUUCCAGUGUCCCGAGUCCGACUGUGGCCAGGUGUACAAGAGCGUGCGCUGGUUUGCGCGACACCGGAGCCAGAGGCACAUGAGGUACACCACGGACGGCUACCCCGCGGGGCGCGGACGCCAGCCCGGGGUGCUCGAGGAUGUGAAGGUAGGGCGGAUAGAGUGCGAGGUGAAGAUCGAACAGGAAGUCGAGGAGGAGGGGCUGUGAAGACGCUUCUGGGAGUGAGCGUGCGAAAGGAAACGAGAGUGCUGGGUGUAGGACUGUGUUGGUGGGGACGGGGUUAUCGAGAGAGCAGUGAUGAAAUCGCCACAAUAGUCUGGUCUUCUAGUCAGUGGCCGAUGAGCGUCCUGUCAUAUUGCCGAACCGGACAGGGCCAGAACUGAGCAGACUGAUUAGAUCAGUCCAAAAGUGAUACAGUAAGGGACAGGGUGCCAAGCUGCCGAGGCAAGCAGUGGUCUGAAAGACGCUAAAUGGAACUGGAAGGAGCGACUGAAGACAUUUGACUAUUUAUCAGAGUGAUAUUCGUGCAGAGGUUCAUGUCUCUGAGCUGAAUGUAAAUGUCUGUCUACCUGACAGAUAGGCUCUAGCUUCACUGCAGCUUAAUGUGUUGUUGUGCUACAACGUUCAUUACUGUCCUGAGCACCAAAGUCUUGGUGUAAUCUUUGUCGUAGGCUAACAGGCUUUCAGUUGCUACCCCUGAGUUGAGUUUGUUCACCAUGUGAUUGCUCAGGUUCUGACACCGCUGCCUAUCUCCAGCCUAUGUGGAAUGUGGAUGGCUACUGGUCUAUGUGCCCAGCCUAUGUGGACGGCUACUGGUCUGUGCCAAAGUGGCGCCGGCUCGGCUCUAGGGUGCAGUGAGCCCUGGCCGGCCGCCACCCUCUACAUACGUGCUAUGUGUAGCCAGAUAGUGGGUGUAGGUAGGAACACUACAUACAUUCAUAGAUGUGACGCCGUAAAAAAGACGGGCUGACAUCGAUUAUAUGACUUUCGGCGCAAAUUUUAUGGUGUGAGCGCAAGAGCGCUAAUGAGUUUUGACGUGUUAAGUAAUUUUUGUGUUACAAAUUUAUGAGAGCGUUAGUUAGUUAUCAAUUUCUGUUUGAAGUAUUGGCAUGCAUAUUCGCCUGCUUUGUGAUAUUUGGUUAUUAGUCGUGUGAGCUUAGCUGCCGACUUUCUUGCCAUAUUGCUUUUUUGACGGUAUGAGUUAUUCCUGGCUGUGAUUUGUAAUGAGUUGUAUCAAUUCUCAAAACAGGGUACAUAUCUUAAUGAGCUUUCACAAUGUCUCGGGCAACAGAGCAUUGGUUGAUUCAUGAUUUGUCGUGAUUGAUGGGUGUUUGUUGUUUAUUUGAUGCCUUUUUGGCAAGUUCAGUAUAAUUUAGAAGUUGAAUCGUAAUUUAAUAUGUUAUUCAUCGGCUAUAUAUAGAGCUCAUCGUUUUCUGUUGUCGUCCGGGACCGCUCAUCUUCCCGUUACGUAUUCGUCCCGGUGAUUUACGGCGAUUUGCGAAUGGAGGAAUCCACUGCUGCCGCUUGACUGCCCGAGUUUGGACACGUGCCUCCAUUUCCUGGAUUUGAUUAACGCUCACAUCAGUCAAGAAUCCGAUAAGUAACAGUUGAGUUAUUUGUGUGAGAGGCACCGCAGUUCAAUGCUAAGGCCCAUUGCUUCAUUUGUCUCGCUGUUCGUUAGCUGGUGUAAUAAACGGCACAUACCUUAUACUUAGGUAUGACACUCGCUAACA